CCCCCCCCCCCCCCCCCCCCCCCCCCCCCCCCCCCCCCCCCCCCCCCCCCCCCCCCCCCCCCCCCCCCCCCCCCCCCCCCCCCCCCCCCCCCAAUACACACAGAAAACACGUAGAUAUAUAUACAUAUAUAUAUAUAUUAAUUAACCAAACACCAGGAAGAGAAAGAGGAAGGUAAAGAGUAUGAUAAACUACUUUUUUACUCCAUAACGUUCAGCUUUGAUGAUGUAGUUAACGAUUAUAUUGUAAGGAUCGUCAAUACCCAUACUGAUGAAACAAGUCGUUCGAGGGAUGCGGCGAGCACUCGAAAACAGACCCUCGUCGAGGGCUCGAAUCCUCGGAAAAUGGCACUUCAGACCCUCGCUUGUCACCUUAUGAGCGUUCGAGCCCUCGGCGAAGGCCCAUCGAAAGCAUAUUUUCGAGCACUCGAAGUACCUCUUGAACAACUGGUUGGGUAG